AUGGCUUACUACGAGGAGCGCCAUUAUCGACGUCCUCGCGAUCGGCACGCCCGCCCGUCUGGCUACGCAAAGGAAUAUUACGAGGACCCCUAUGGCGGUCGAGAUGCCGGUGCCCUGCGCCGACGCAACAGGAGCGAUGAUUCCAUCGAGGAAGUCCCCUCUGAAUACCCCAAGGGUGAUUAUGGCUACGAAUAUGGGUACGGCCUUCCGCCACCCCGCCACUCUCGUGUAUCCUCCGUCCAAGAGGACGUGCGCAGAUCCUAUUCGAUGGGUGGUCGGGACCCGUAUUAUGAGGACUCGGACUAUUCCCGCCCGCGCCAUAGUCGGCGAUCGAGACACCACGAUGAUCGACGACACCGUCAUAGGUAUUCGCGUUCUCCCUCAAGCAGCCGCUCGCCAUCGCCCCCCAGGCGUCGCAAGUCUCUCUCGGAGCAGGCGUUAGGCGCCCUAGGUCUUGGCGCUGCCGCUUCUUCGGCCUCCUCGAGGCAUCGGGACCAUAGCCGUGGCCGUUCUCAUCGCCAUAGGGCUUCUUCCUACUCCCCUUCGCCGACUCGAAGCAGGAGCCGCCAUGGUCGGGACAAGAGCGAGCAGCGGAUCGCCCAGGCUGUCAAAGCGGCCGUGACAGCAGGUGCAGUGGAAGCCUUCCGAUCACGAAAGGACCCCGGCGACUGGACCGGUGCCAAAGGCAAACGGAUUCUUACCGCCGCCAUCACCGCCGGAGGAACCGAUGGAUUGGUCGACCGCGAUCCGAACAAGCAUUCGAAGCGCCAUGUCAUCGAGUCCACUCUGGCCGGUCUCGCUGCGAACCACCUCAUGAAUGGAUCCCACUCUCGGUCCCGGUCGAGGCACCGAGGACGUUCCAAGAGCCGAGGCGGAUUCGGGGAUAUUGCCGCCACGGGGGCUUUGGCAGCGGCCGGCAAGGAAGCAUACGACCGGUUCCGGUCCAAGUCUCGCCACCGAGGCCGAUCUUCUUCGAGGGACAGCUACGACGAAUACCCGCGUCGGGAGAAAAAGCGCAGCAAGAGCGUGACCGAUUAUAUCAGAAGCGGACUGGGAGCCCUUGGCCUCGAUGAUAAAAAGGAUUCCGACGACCGGAGAGACUACCACCGCCGCAGUCGCCCAUCCCGUUACUCAGAGUACUCGGAUGACGAGGACUACGAUAGCGGCCAUAGGUCCCGACGUUACGUGUCACCCAGACGCUCCAGGCCCUCCCGGGAUCCCAGAGAUGUAGAUGUAGGUCGAUCCUCUUACCCCAGCGACAUGCAAAGGCCUCGUGCUGCGUCGACCACCGCCAUGACUGGACCCCAAGGCUACGGUGGUCACCACAAUGAUCAAAAUCGGCGUCACGAGGAUUGCAAAACAGAAGGACAGGAUUCUGACCCUGGAAAUAGUACCGAUGAGGAGAAACAGAAGAAAAAACUCACUCGCCAGACGCUCAUGGCUACCGGUCUGGCUACCGUUGCCUCGAUUCACGCAGCCCACUCGGUCCACAGCAGCAUGGAGCAGCAUCACAAGCGAUUGGAAAUGGUCAAGGAAGGUGAAAUGUCGCCGGAGGAGGCUCGCAGACGACGAAUCAAGGGCAACGUCGUCGACGCCGCCAGUAUCGGUCUCGCGGCCAUGGGAAUCAACGGCGCCCUGGAGGAGUGGAAGCAUGUCAACGAGAAACGCAAGGAGCGCACCACUUUUACAAAGAGUUGCUCGGAAAAAAGAAACCAACGACAUCGCCGAGUGCAGAGUCAGGGUCCAUCAUCUGGGUCCUCGCGCGGAACGUAUCGUCUCCCGGAUGAGAUCGAAGAGUAUCCGGGCGACGCGGCUCGUUCGCGUUCGGUGGUCCAUGAGCAACCCCGUUAUGCUUGA